CUUCACUUACCUCUGCACUGCGCCCAAGGGAGGCCCGCCCUGCUGCAGUGCUGCCUGUGGCCUUGGACAGGCAUGAUCCGGGGGUCUAGGGCACUUGGCCUGCCACCCCACCACCCUGCAGGCCUCCCUCCCUCCGCUCAGUCCUGCUUAGGUUAAUAAUAACUCUGACCUAAGUGCCCUCUGACGCUACGCCUCGGCCCUACCGGAGACCCGGACACCAGGUCCAUGUCCCAGCGAUGCUCCUGGAGCAUUUGUCCCUGUCCCACCUGGGCCCCUCAGUUCUGCUGCUGCUGCUGCUACUGCUCCCCACAUCUGCAUUCUUUCCCAACAUCUGGAGCCUCUUGGCUGCCCCUGGCUCCAUCACACACCAGGAUCUAACUGAGGAAGCAGCACUCAAUGUCACCCUGCAGCUCUUCCUGGAUCAACCACCUCCAGGGCGGCCACCCCUUCACCUUGAAGACUUCCUGGGCCACACCCUUCUUGCUGAUGACCUCUUUGCCGCCUACUUUGGGCCCGGUUCUCCUUCCCGACGAUUCCGAGCGGCCUUAGGUGAGGUGACUCGUGCCAAUGCUGCCCAAGACUUUCUGCCAACUUUCAAGAAUGACCCUGAUCUGCAUUUUGAUGCUGAGCGGCUGAGUCAGGGGCGCACACGCCUGGUGCAGACCCUGCGGGAGAGUCUGGCUGCAGCCCGUGCCCAGGACUACAAUCUGGCCCGCCAGCGUCUUGGGGCUGCCCUGCAUGCCCUGCAGGAUUUUUACAGUCACAGCAACUGGGUGGAAAUGGGGAAGCAGCAGCCACACCCUCACCUCCUCUGGUCCAGGCAGGAACUCCAGAACCUGGCACAAGUGGGUGAUCCCACCUGCUCCGACUGUGAAGAGUUAAGCUGUCCCAGGAAUUUACUGGACUUCACACUCCUCACCUCUGGCUACUUUGGAACUCACCCUUCCAAACCUCCAGGGAAAUGUAGCCAUGGGGGCCAUUUUGACCAGAGCAGCACUCAGCCACCACGGGGAGGCAUUAAUAAGGACAGCACAGCUCCAGGCUUCUCCCCGCACCAUAUGCUGCACCUCCAGGCUGCAAACUUGGCCCUUCUGGCAUCCAUCCAGGCCUUCAGCUUCCUGCGAAGCCACCUGGGAGACAAGAAUUUCUCUAGGCUGCUGGACAUCACCCCAGCCUCUGGCCUGAGCUUUGUUCUGGACACCACAGGUAGUAUGGGUGAGGAGAUCAAUGCUGCCAAAAUUCAGACUCUCCGCAUUGUGGAACAGCGCCGGGGCAGCCCUAUGGAGCCCAGUCACUAUGUCCUGGUGCCUUUCCAUGACCCAGGGUUUGGUCCUGUCUUUACAACCAGUGACCCUGACAACUUCUGGCAACAACUCAAUGAGAUCCAUGCCUUGGGGGGUGGAGAUGAGCCUGAGAUGUGCCUGUCAGCCCUGGAGCUGGCCCUGCUGCACACACCUCCACUCUCAGACAUCUUUGUCUUCACUGAUGCCUCUCCCAAGGAUGCCUUUCUCACCAACCGAAUAGAAUACCUGACUCGGGAGCGGCGUUGCCGAGUAACAUUCCUUGUGACGGAAGACCCAUCAAGAUCCAUCCAGGGCCGAGCUCGACGUGAGGUCUUGUCCCCUUCCCGUUUUGAGCCUUAUGAAGCAGUGGCCAUGGCCUCAGGAGGAGAAGUGAUCUUCACCAAAGACCAGUAUAUUCAGGAUGUGGCAGCCAUUGUUGGGGACAGCAUGGCUGACCUGGUGAUCCUUCCCCUGGAACCUCCUACUGUGGUAUCUAGGAGGCCACUUGUGUUCAGUGUGGAUGGACUGCUCCAGAAGAUCACAGUUCGAAUCCAUGGAGAAGUCAGCAGCUUCUGGAUCAAGAACCCUGCAGGAGUUUCUCAGGGCCAAGAGGAAGGACAGGGGCCUCUAGGUCUUACUCGCCACUUUGGAAAAUUUUGGAUGGUGACCAUGAAUGAUCCUCCACAAAGGGGAGCCUGGGAGAUAGUGGUUACAGCUAAGGGCACCCCUCAGGUGAGAGUGCAAGCUCAAACCUCCUUGGACUUCCUGUUCUACUUUGGAAUUCCCAUGGAUGAUGGCCCCCAUCCUGGCCUCUACCCACUGACUCAGCCUGUCGCAGGUCUGCAGACCCAGCUCCUAGUAGAAGUGAUUGGGCUUCCAUCCAGAGGCAACUCUGAAGAGCCUCUGCCACAUUUCUCCCAUGUCAUCCUUCGAGGGGUACAAGAGGGGGCUGAGUUGGGCAGAGUGUCUUUAGAACCCAUCGGACCCAGGGAGCAGGGUCUCCUCGUGGCCUCGCUACCACUUCUGCCCACCCAGGAAACCUUCUCACUUGAGCUGACAGGCCAGGAUGGCAAAGGGCGGGCCCUACACCGGGCAGCACCCCAGCCCUGCACUGUAGUUCCAGUCCUUCUGGAGCUCUGUGGCCCUCAGGGUUUCUUGGCACCAGGCAGCAAAGCCCCACUCAGUCUCCGUAUUGCCAGCUUUUCCGGUCCUCAGGAUCUGGAUCUUAAUGCUUCAGUCAACCCUACCUUCGCUCUCACCUCCAACAUCUCCAGGGUUUUCCUAGAACCAAAUGAAUCUGCCUGGGGGCGCCUAUGGCUGGAGGUCCCGGACUCAGCCACCCCAGGUUCUGUGGUGAUGGUGACUGUUAUUGCCACUAGUCGCAGCCCAGAGUCCCAGACGCAUGCCUUCCUCAGACUCUUGGUGUUGAUCCCAGCCCCACAGGACCAACUUGCUAUCUUGCCCCACUCACGUUUUCCUGCCCUCACCACAGCUAGCCCAGCAUUUGGUCCUUCCUCUUUGGUGACUCUGGACAGGGCUGAAAGAGGACUAGCAGGCAAUCUCUGGUGGAGCAUAGCUGGAGGAGUGCUGCUGUUACUUGGCCUGGCCUCCUGGUGAUACUACAGCCUCAUUGUGCUGCCUCCAACACUAUUUCCAGUCUUGCCCUAUUGGUGAGAAGGUAAUAUGGGUCUCAGGAACCUUCCAGCUAGGAUGGAGAUGUCCCUUCUCAAUAACUCAUUCUUCUCUUCCUCAACAAAAUUGGGACAGGGAGUAAUGGAUUUCCCACAGUGCACUUAUCCUGACCUUUAUAGGAACCAAGCCAAAGACUCAUUCUUCGAGAAAGCUGCCUUCUAUUUCUCUGGAGCAUCUUUAUUCCACUAAUGUUUCAUACUCUCUGAAGCUCAAGUAGAUGGGGAAGAAGAUGUGGCCACUGAGACUGGGAGUUGUGUAGGAAGUAUCAUUUAUAGAACUGUUUUAAUUUGUAAUGCUGGAAAAUUUAUUUUAUUUUUGUAUUUAAAAUUAAGGGACAGUUUCAAUAAACAUGUCUUCUCCCCA